UUUUGGAUACGUGGAAGUAGCACCUAUUCUGACCGAGGCUGGGAGCAUCUUUUUGCCCUCGUCCGUCAGCUUCAUUCCGAUAAAAUGAUUAAAAAGUUCGAUAAAAAGGACGAGGAGUCUGGAAGUGGCUCAAACCCUUUCCAGCACCUUGAGAAGAGCGCUGUGCUUCAGGAGGCACGUAUCUUUAACGAGACCCCAAUCAACCCAAGAAGAUGCCUCCAUAUUCUUACCAAGAUCAUCUACCUCCUCAACCAGGGGGAGCAUUUUGGGACUACAGAGGCUACAGAGGCCUUCUUUGCCAUGACAAGGCUCUUUCAGUCCAAUGAUCAAACACUGAGGAGGAUGUGCUACCUGACCAUCAAAGAAAUGGCCAACAUCUCUGAGGAUGUCAUCAUUGUCACUAGCAGCCUGACCAAAGACAUGACAGGGAAGGAGGAUGUGUACCGAGGACCUGCUAUCAGAGCCCUCUGCAGGAUCACUGAUACCACCAUGCUGCAGGCCAUAGAGAGAUACAUGAAGCAGGCUAUUGUUGACAAGGUCCCAAGUGUUUCUAGCUCAGCCCUGGUCUCUUCACUGCACAUGGUGAAGAUGAGCUAUGAUGUGGUAAAGCGUUGGGUGAAUGAGGCUCAGGAGGCUGCUUCUAGUGACAACAUCAUGGUCCAGUACCAUGCUUUGGGCCUGCUGUAUCACCUCAGGAAGAACGACCGUUUGGCUGUCACCAAGAUGCUCAACAAGUUCACCAAGUCUGGUCUCAAGUCUCCCUUCGCCUACUGCAUGCUGAUCAGGAUUGCAAGUAAACUGCUGGAUGAGACUGAAGCAGGUCAUGACAGCCCUUUGUUUGACUUCAUCGAGAGCUGCCUGAGGAAUAAGAAUGAGAUGGUGGUCUAUGAAGCUGCCUCUGCCAUUGUCCACAUGCCCAACUGUACUGCCAGGGAGCUGGCUCCUGCUGUGUCAGUGUUGCAGCUUUUCUGCAGCUCCCCCAAAGCAGCUUUGAGAUACGCUGCAGUCAGGACCCUCAACAAGGUUGCCAUGAAGCACCCGUCAGCUGUGACUGCAUGCAACUUGGACCUGGAAAACCUGAUCACUGACUCAAACCGCAGCAUUGCCACUCUGGCCAUCACCACUCUGCUGAAGACCGGCAGUGAGAGCAGUGUGGACCGCCUCAUGAAGCAGAUCUCCUCAUUUGUCUCAGAGAUCUCAGACGAGUUCAAGGUUGUGGUGGUGCAGGCCAUCAGCGCUCUGUGCCAGAAGUAUCCCAGGAAGCACAGCGUCAUGAUGAACUUCUUGUCCAACAUGCUCAGAGAUGAUGGUGGUUUUGAGUACAAGCGUGCCAUUGUGGACUGCAUCAUCAGCAUCAUCGAGGAGAACCCAGAAAGUAAGGAGACCGGUCUGGCCCACCUGUGUGAGUUCAUUGAGGACUGCGAGCACACGGUGUUGGCAACAAAGAUCUUACACCUGCUGGGCAAAGAGGGUCCACGCACCCCCCAGCCCUCCAAGUACAUCCGCUUCAUCUUCAACCGUGUGGUGCUGGAGAGCGAGGCUGUCCGUGCAGCUGCAGUCAGCGCUUUGGCUAAAUUUGGAGCUCAGAAUGAUGAUCUGCUGCCGAGCGUCCUGGUCCUCAUGCAGAGGUGCAUGAUGGACAGUGAUGAUGAAGUGCGUGACAGAGCUACUUUCUACAUGAACGUGUUGCAGCAGAAGCAGAAGGCUCUGAAUGCUGCCUACAUCUUCAAUGGUCUGUCUGUUUCCAUCCCUGGCCUGGAGAAGUCCCUCCACCAGUACACUCUGGAGCCCUCAGAGAAACCUUUCGAUAUGAAGAGCGUCCCUCUGGCCACCACUCCAAUCACAGAGCAGAAAACAGAAAUCGCCCCUGUUGCUACGAGCAAACUUCCAGAAAAGUUGGCCCCUUCACGCCAGGACAUCUACCAGGAGCAACUUGCGGCGAUCCCAGAGUUCCAAAAUCUCGGCCCGCUCUUCAAAUCCUCCGAGCCGGUGCAGCUGACGGAGGCUGAGACGGAGUACGUGGUACGCUGCGUCAAACACACCUUCGCCCGGCACAUGGUGUUCCAGUUUGACUGCACGAACACCCUGAAUGACCAGCUCCUACAGAAGGUUGUUGUCCAGAUGGAGCCGUCAGAGGCCUAUGAGGUAGUACACUACAUCCCCGCCCCCAGUCUCCCCUACAGUCAGCCCGGUUCCUGCUACACGCUGGUCCACCUGCCUGAUGACGACCCCACCGCUGUGUCAUGUACGUUCAGUUGUACUAUGAAGUAUCUGGUCAGAGACUGCGAUCCGAACACAGGAGAGCCUGACGAUGACGGCUAUGACGAUGAAUACGUGUUGGAGGAUCUAGAGGUGACGGUUGCAGAUCACAUCCAGAAGGUUCUGAAACCAAACUUCGGCGCAGCGUGGGAAGAAGUGGGAGAUGAAUUUGAGAAAGAGGAGACGUUUGCCCUGGCGUCAGUACGGACUCUAGACGAGGCGGUCGGUAACAUCAUCAGUUUCCUGGGAAUGCAGCCAUGUGAGCGUUCAGAUAAAGUUCCAGAAAACAAGAACUCGCACGUCCUCUUCCUCGCAGGUGUAUUUCGAGGAGGUCAUGACGCUCUUGUUCGUGCUCGCCUGGCGCUGGCUGAUGGCGUCACCAUGCAGGUGACGGUUCGCAGCAGUGAGGAGACAGUGGUCGACGUCAUCUUGGCCUCUGUGGGUUAAAAUGCUCCCGCUGCUGCUACAUAUGCCAACGCAACCACAAAAACGUUCAUCUCUGCACAACAAACUGCGCCAAGAUUCUCUCCACAGCUCUAAAACUUUAUGUAUAAUGAGUCUAAAAACAUUUUAUUAUUCUGAGUAUAUUAACUGAAUCGUGUUUCUUUAUACUGUCUGAUGGUCCUCGUGUCUUCUUCACAGUAAGAAUAUUCUUUCCGUCAAAGCUUCAAUAAAUUCUGACUGUGCAUAACUUCAA